GCUAAGCGCAGUUUAAAUCAGUCUGAGCUCACUCUGAGAACUCUGAGUCCCGGUCGGUCAUUUUAACACGUUUGUUUUUAAUCAUGUACCACCUGCCGGUGCUGAAGAACAGGCGGACUCUUGUCGAACGUGCAGAAAAGUUCAUCUCUGAUGUGUAUUUCACCGACUGCAAUCUGAGAGGAAGACUCUAUGGAGACACUUGUCCUCUUGAGUCCAUCUCAGUGUUCCAGACUGCAAAGCGUAUCCCCUACUCGGAAGCAGUCCAGCAAACCUUUCAGCCAUGCAAAGCUGGUGAUUCAUUCGGCCCCACAUGGUGGACUUGCUGGUUCAAAAUUGUCCUGAAGAUACCAGAGGCCUGGAAAGGGAAGGAAGUUCAUCUGAGAUGGGAGAGCGAUGGAGAGGGGCUGGUUUGGCGAGACCAGGAACCAGUUCAGGGUUUGACCAAAGAGGGUGAAAAGACUAGUUACAUUCUGACUGACUGCUUAAGAGAGCAUGAACCUCACAGCAUCACACUGUAUGUGGAGUUAGCAUGUAAUGGACUGUUUGGGGCCGGACAGGGCUCUAUGAUAGCAGCUCCUGACCCAAACAAGAAGUAUGCUCUUCAGAAGGCAGAGCUCGUUGUUUUUAAUCGAGACGUGCAGGAGCUGCUCACUGACUUUGAGAUGCUCUUGGACAUUGUUAAGGUACUGGGUGAGGGAGAGCAGCGUGGCUAUCAAGCUUUAUUCACCGUGAAUGAAAUGGUGAACUUGUGUGACCCAGCCAAUCCUAGCUCUUACUCCUCAGCCCAGGACCUGGCCCAGAAGUUCUUCAGCCAGAGGAAUGGGCAAAGCCAACAUGUUGUCCAUGCCAUGGGCCACUGCCACAUUGACUCAGCCUGGCUAUGGCCGUAUGAGGAGACCAUCAGAAAAUGUGCCCGCAGCUGGGUCACAGCAGUUCGCUUGAUGGAGAAAAACCCAGAGUUUAUAUUUACCUGCUCACAGGCGCAGCAAUUUCAGUGGGUGAAGAACUGGUAUCCAGGCCUGUUCUCUCAGAUCCAGCACUUUGUGCAGAAAGGCCAGUUUGUUCCAGUUGGAGGAACAUGGGUGGAGAUGGAUGGAAACUUGCCUUCUGGAGAGUCUAUGAUCAGACAGUUUCUAGAGGGUCAGAACUUCUUUAAGACAGAGUUUGGACAAUACUGCAAAGAGUUCUGGUUACCAGACACCUUUGGUUACUCAGCUCAGUUUCCUCAGAUUAUGCGAGGCUGUGGAAUUUCCCGCUUUCUCACUCAAAAGUUAAGCUGGAACCUUGUCAACACAUUUCCACACAGCACUUUCUUUUGGGAGGGCAUUGAUGGCUCUCUGGUGCUUACUCACUUUCCUCCUGGGAAUUCCUAUGAGAUGAAAGGCAAAGUUGAGGAUUUAAUCAACACUGUCAAGAACAACAAGGACAAAGGGCGUGCAAAUCACAGUGCAGUGCUUUUCGGUUUUGGGGAUGGUGGUGGUGGUCCCACCCAGCUCAUGCUGGACCGCUUGCAACGUGUGCAGGAUUCGGAUGGUCUCCCCAGGGUCCUUAUGUCCAGCCCUGAUCAGCUGUUCUCUGAACUUCAGGCUAGCUCAAGCCUACUGUGUACGUGGUCUGGUGAGCUAUUCCUCGAGCUGCACAAUGGCACUUACACCACACAAGCAAAGAUAAAGCUGGGGAAUCGUCAGUGUGAGGCCCUGCUACAUGAUGUUGAGGUGGCCAGCUGCCUGGCUCUGUGUCAAGCUGCAGGUUUUUCAUACCCAACUAAAGAGCUCCAGAGAUUAUGGAGGCUUCUUCUGCUCAACCAGUUCCAUGAUGUAAUUCCUGGCAGUUGCAUUGAGAUGGUGGUAGAAGAUGCACAAGAAUAUUAUAAGGAGAUUCAACAGACUGGCUCAGGACUCCUGCGUACUGCUUGUAAUGCUCUGAGGUCCAAUCCCCUUUUUGGAGUGGGCUCCAGUACAGCAGUUUUCAACACACUCCCCUGGGAACGCAAUGAAGUCAUAUCACUGGCAGAAAAUGGUGCUCAGACAAAACUAGCCUUGGUGAAAGCCCCCAGUGUGGGUGUAGCCCCAGUCACAGAGAUCGCUGAGCCUGUGUCUACAGUGUCUGUAACAGUGCAGGCUGAUGGUUCUGUCCUAUUGGAAAAUGGCCUUUUGCGGGCUGUCUUGGACAAAAUGGGUCGUUUGGUGUCUCUGCUUCUACUACAGACAAACAGGGAGGCCAUAUCUGAUGGUUGCUUUGGAAACCAGUUUGUGUUAUUUGAUGAUGUUCCUUUGUACUGGGAUGCAUGGGAUGUGAUGGAUUACCAUCUUCAGACCAGGAAGCCAGUUGUGGAUGUGACACACCCUGCUGAAGUGAUGAGCUCUGGUGGCCUGCGAGGUAGUGUUAUGUUUUCCUUGCGUAUCAGAGAAAAGAGCAGUAUCACACAGGAGGUCAUACUGGAUGCCAACUGCCCCUACGUCAAGUUCAAAACACAAGUGGACUGGGUAGAGGCCCAUCGUUUCCUAAAGGUGGAGUUUCCUGUACAAGUGCGAAGUCCCAAUGCCACCUAUGAGAUUCAGUUUGGUAACCUGCAAAGACCUACACACAGAAAUACCUCCUGGGACUGGGCUCGGUUUGAGGUCUGGGGCCAUAAAUGGGCAGAUCUCUCAGAGCAUGGUUUUGGUGUGGCUCUUUUAAAUGACUGUAAAUAUGGCUAUUCUGUUUAUCAGAAUGUCAUGACUUUAUCCUUACUGAGAGCCCCGAAAGCACCUGAUGCCAAUGCAGAUAUGGGGCAUCAUGAGUUCACAUAUGCAGUGAUGCCACAUGCAGGCUCUUUUCAAGAUGCAUCAGUCAUCCAGCAUGCCUACAAUCUCAACUUCCCACUGCAUUUGAUUCCUGAUGUCAGCAUCGCCCAACGUUGGAGUGCGUUCACUUUGAAUUCAUCAGCUGUCAUAUUGGAAACUGUGAAACAUGCUGAAGGAAGAAAGAAUGCCCUUGUUGUUCGCCUGUACGAGUCUCAUGGGAGCAGUGUUGCUGCGGUGCUGUCUACCUCCCUUCCAGUGCAAGAGGCUUGGCAUUGUGACCUGUUGGAGCAGCCUGAUCCUACUCACCCUGCUACACUCAGCGGUCAUGACAUCUCCCUCAGUUUUAAACCAUUUCAGAUCGUCUCGCUUCUUUUACAGUUGCACUAAAGCAAACCAGAGUACAGAUCAACUGGUUGGUGAUAUUUUAAAAGGACAAUUUUAUAAUUGCAGUGAAGCAGUUUUGAUAUUUUUCACUGAAAACAUAUUGCAUUAAAUUUUUAGAAAUAAUUUCUAUAAUUUGAAAACCUGAUCCUUUUAAUUGGUCUUAGAAAUAUUUUCACAUUUCAGUUAUUAAAUUUUUUCCCCUGCUGCAGUGUAGUCUGAAUAGAAGGAUUGCAUGUCCAUGAACUUGCCGACUACAGAGGUAAUGCCAUAAGAUGGAACAUGGGCUUCAGAAACAUGUUUUAUUUAUCCUUUUACAAAGUGUAUAUACAGAUAAAAGUAAAAAAAUACAAAAAUGAUAGUAGUGGUCGCAUACAGUAGUUGAUGUAUGCCAAGUUUGUUUAAGAAGGGUUUCUCUUAUUGCACAGCUAUCCAUCUUUGGUGGCUCUGCAAUUUUGUAUUUACAUACUUUCAAAUGGUUACUAAUAUCUAAACACAUCAUUGACUACUUCUGGUCCUAAGUGUAUGUACUGCUCUUUUUCUGAGAUCUAGUGGUCCUCUUAGGUUUACUGUUGCUUUCUUGUCCACUUGGUCUUCUUGUGCUCUUAGCCUUGCUAGUCUGAGGCCCUGGAACAAAACCAUGAUGUGUAGUUAAAAAUGCUGGUUUUUGUAAGUAAAGUGAAAUAUAUUAAAAAAAAACUAUAAAACCUGAA